AAUUUUAGGAUGCCGGGAGCAUUCGAAGAUCUGUUAAACAAGUCGGAUCGGCUGUCGAUACCAUCUAAAGUCAUUUCGAAAGCAUCAUCAGGAUCAUCGUACAAAACCCGUGUCGAUCUUGCACUGAAUGAUGUUUUCCGACGCAGUGAAGAUUUAUGGAAAAGAAAGACACCUGCCGAGAAACGGUUAUCCGAUGUGGAAAUUGGCUUGUUAUUGGGUGGAAAGGGCUUUGCACUUAGCUCAGUACCACAAAUGCAAGAAGAAACAGGAGAAAAUGAAGCUGAAGAGCUUGUAUUGCCGUCGUCAGACUGCCAACAUAUGUUGAAUGAAAUUUACAAAACCCGUGUCGAUCUUGCACUGAAUGAUGUUUUCCGACGCAGUGAAGAUUUAUGGAAAAGAAAGACACCUGCCGAGAAACGGUUAUCCGAUGUGGAAAUUGGCUUGUUAUUGGGUGGAAAGGGCUUUGCACUUAGCUCAGUACCACAAAUGCAAGAAGAAACAGGAGAAAAUGAAGCUGAAGAGCUUGUAUUGCCGUCGUCAGACUGCCAACAUAUGUUGAAUGAAAUUGUUGCUGAAACUUCGAUGCGUACUCGUUUGGAAGCUGAAAGAGCGUUCAUGAAUCAACGUGUAGUGGAUCAAGCAUAUACGACGUCUAAAUCUGUAACGAAAGCUACUGUUACUAUUCCGUCUUCCAGGACAGCAAACUUGGAUUCCUUGACUUCGAUCAUGCCUGGUGACGGUAUAGAAUUGACAUUCGCCAAGGGUGUUUCUGACUACGUAGUACAAAAAAAUGUGAGCAUGUUAGCUUUGGCUUUCAAAGAAGCUGCAUCGAAAUCACGCGAUGAUGGAAUAGUCACAUUAUGGGGGCAAGCUCUUGCCCCACUGAAUCACCCAUUUGUUGCUUCUGGUACUGCCAAAAAUUUCCGCGCUUCAGUUUCUUGGAUGAAACACAUCAUCGAUACAACUUUGGAAUUUCUUCAUAAAAAGCAAGUCAACUUUAAAUUUUUAGGUUUUCUUUUCCUUUUAAUCGUACCAUUAUCUGAUGGAUCAUGUUUUAUUUCGUACAUGGAGACAGUUGUGGAGAAUAAUUUAGCAGUUGCUCGCAGAGGUGGUAAUCCGACGAUGUUAUCGCUUAUUGAUGCUUUUCUGAACGUAAAACAUUUAAAACCAACUCAACGACACACUCAGGAUGGCGUGUAUGGACCAAAUGGACAUGCCCUUUGGGAGGUUGUUUAUCAUUGUUUAAGAGCUGGGGAGCUACAGUCCGUUGCAAAGAUAGCUGAUUCACAUUUGAAAAAUUUACCAUCAUGCGCAGCUGCGACAGUUGCUUUGCUUCAGCUUGAAAAAAAUAAAAAGCUUUCUGCUGAUAUUCGGUUAAAAGUAAAGGCGGAAUGGCGUUGUGAAUCACGUUCGUUUGUGGAUAUCUACAAAAAAGCAGUAUAUUGUGCUCUGCUUGGUGGUGAUGUGCCUGAAGUGUGCAAUAAUUUGGAAAAUUGGCUUUGGUUGAAAUUAUAUCCAUGUGGUAUAGAUCCUGCGCUUUCGCCUGCAGUUUUCAGAGAGCUUCAGCGGCUCAUAUCUGUUGACUACGGUGAGAGCUACUUUGUGGGGAAUGAUGGAAGUGUGUUAAUUUAUUUUCAAGCACUGUGGUUAACCGGACAGUAUGAGCGGGCGAUAAAUCUGUUAUACAGGAAUAAUAUGUUGGUACAUGCAGUACAUAUGGCGAUUUUAUUAUUUCUUAACGGUGUUCUAAUUCUUGUUGAUGAUAUCGGGCAUCCAAUACUGUUAAGUCAGCAAGAAGAUCCAGUGCAAAGUUCGCUCAAUUUUUGUCGCCUUGUUUUAUUCUACAUGAAGGGAUUUGAAUGUACUGAUGUUGAACGUACUUUGGAUUACGCAUACUUUUUGAACAAGAUGGAAUCACCUGUUGGUGGAAACUUGUUUUACUCUUGUAUUUCUCGCGCGAUUUAUUUGAGCGAUGAAACAUGGCGUAUUAUUGGGAAAAUUAAUGAAAACGGUGUUCGACAUGAAGGUCUCAUCGAUAAGUACGCCAAAGAUAUCAGUAUUGAAGAUGCUAUCGCAAAAGUUGCCUCAGAUACCGAAGUUAGCGGUGAUGGAACACUUGCUGGACAACUUUAUAUGGCUGCCAAUCAUGUCGAUGACGCAAUACGAUUGGCUUGCGAAGGCUUAACUAAAGAAAUAACUCGCCACAAAGAUGCCGGUGAAGCUCGUGAGCUAGCGUUAUGGCUUGCAAAUAUUUGCAAGAAUUCAGCGGUGACAACUCGAAGGAAUACACUGGAUGCACUUCCAACUUUGUACCUUUUACUCGACCUGUCCACAUUUUUCCAAUUUUAUCAUGACAAUAAAUUUGAAGCUUGUAUGGAAAUAAUUAAGAAACUGAAAUGCAUACCGAUGAAUCCAGAUGAGGUGCAAGCAUUUGUAUCCACUUUUUACAUGGUCUCUGAUCAAAUGCGGUUAGUGCUACCAGAUUUGUGCGUAGCAGUGAUGAAAUUGUUGGCGGAAGAACUGAAUCGUAAUCCAGCAGCAAGCGAUGAAUUGCGACCAUCGGCUAAAGCAAUUAUUUUGUAUAUUGCAAUGAUCCCAUAUCGAUUUCCCUCACAAAUUAGCACACAGAUCCUGCAGUUGAGCACAAUUUUCGAAUGAAUAGAUUUUUCAAUAUGAAGUUUUAUCAUACUUUAUGG